AUGGCGCACGUCCCGUGGCCCAAGCCAAAGCCAAAGCCAGACCGCGACGGCUCUGCAGCCCCACACAGCCGCCCAUCAGCCACGGACCAGCAGCGUGACGUGGCAUCGUCAUGGCCGCCGCCGUCGGGGGGUCGAAAUCCGCCAGUUCACGCAACCCUGAGCAACGUCAUUUCCGACGAGUACGAGCUGCUCGACCCGCACCCAGACGUGCACGCGCUGUUUCAGAUGUUUGACAGCGAGCUGUUCCAGAGCCGGCUGACUGGAGUUGUCCUGCAGUGGUCCAAGCGCAUGACGCUAUGCGCCGGAUUGUGCAAGUACGAAGGUCGAGGCGGACUGUGCUCCAUUUCGCUCAGUGAGCCAUUGCUAAAGUUUCGAUCGCGAAAAGAGCUCGUUGAAACUCUACUUCACGAAAUGAUUCAUGCAUAUCUGUUUGUUACCGCCAACAACCGGGAUCGCGAUGGUCACGGCGAAGAGUUUUGCAAGCACAUGCGGCGGAUUAAUGACAUUGUGGGAACGAGCAUCACCAUCUACCACACGUUCCACGACGAAGUCGCGACGUAUCGCGUGCAUUGGUGGCGAUGCAACGGCCCGUGCAAGGAUCAGCGGCCGUUCUUCGGCUGGGUCAAGCGCGCCACCAAUCGCGCCCCAUCUGCAAACGAUCCAUGGUGGGCAGAACACCAAGCCACCUGCGGCGGCACGUACAUUAAGGUCAAGGAGCCGGAAGGCUACCAGAGCAAAAAGAAGAGCAAAGCAAAGCAAGAUCCUGGUCACAAGCUCGGUUCUGCUGCAUCCAGCUCGUCCACUACCGCAAGUCACACCGACCCAGGAUCUGGGGCGCGUCCCAAGACCAUUCUGGACUGGUACUCCAAAGACCGCACGACCAGCUCUUCUUCUUCAGUGACAAGCAAGUCGAAUGUUACAGGUGCAACAUCAGCAACUGCUCCCUCAGCUUCUUCUUCUGUGGCCAUUCUCGAUGGUGUUGAUGAUGAGGAUGACAGUUAUGACGUCCGCGGGAACUCUUUCAGACCAAACGACGACGACAAUGACGACGACGAGUUCUCUGACCCGUUCUCGAGUCCAGGAUUUAUAUCGGCACUCUUGGCCAGUGCAGAGGCCGAGCCGGAUGAGGUACACGUUGCUAGGGAUGCCGUGAAAGUUGAUUCCUCAAGUGGAGCCGAGUCGCACAGCCGAAACCAAUUUCCCUUCCUGUCCACCGCUCCUGUUGCUGCAUCAACAACUCGGCAAUCCGUCAUUGACGACAUCCGGGCCACCGCGUGGCGUCGGAAGCGACAAGCGGAAGAGCCGGCUCGGAUUACCGCCCCCGCAGCUGGAUCUGCAGAUACUACAGAGUCGUUUCCAAAGGACAAGCGGCCUCGUGAAACAGUGACACCCCCGCCGCCACAGCGGCCGCACAGUUCGAGGCAAGGCGAUGACUCUCAUCCGCCUGUGCUUGACCUGUCCAUUUCUCCAGUUCGUUCGCAUCUUCCGCCUGUGCUCGAUCUGUCCGUUUCUCCU